AUGAAGACACCUCACGACGAGAAGGCGCGCAAGGGCUCCGUCUUCCUCGACGAGAGCCGCCGCAAAGCCAGCGUCGCAGAGAUGACUCAGAACGUGACUGGAGAAAUCAAGAACCCUCUCGCCGGAAUCUCCAAGGCCCAAUUGAUCCAGGACGUCGAACAGUUCGCCUCCGACAACGACCUGACUGACAUCGCCGAGAACCUCAUCAAAGGCGCGUUGGUAGCACAGAGCCCGCAUCACAUCGAUCAGAUCCACGAGCUCAACGACGAGGAUCGACGCAUUCUGCACGAGGAGGUCACGCACAAGUGGAAGCAUCCGCGAAUCCUCUACGUGACCAUCAUCUUGAACUCCGUUGCAGCUGCAAUCCAAGGAUGGGAUCAAACUGCUUCCAAUGGAGCCAAUCUUACCUUCGCCGAAGCUCUGGGAAUCUCCGACGAUUCUUCAAUCUGCCCGACCGCUGCCAUCUGCAACAAGAACUCCUGGAUCAUUGGAUUUAUCAACUCUACUCCGUAUAUCGCCAUCUGUGUCUUCGCCGCUUGGAUCUCUGACCCCCUCAACAACAUCCUCGCUCGUAGAGGCACCAUCUUCCUCGCCGCGAUCUUCAGCUUACUUGCUCCCUUUGGUAUGGCACUCUCGCAAAAAUGGGGCCAACUCGUCGCGGCACGUGUUUUGCUUGGUAUAGGUAUGGGUUUGAAGGAAGUCACUGUUCCCGUCUAUUCUGCAGAAUCUGCUCCGACCAAUAUUCGAGGAGCUCUCGUCAUGUCAUGGCAGAUGUGGACAGCGUUUGGAAUCUUGAUUGGAACCUGUGCUAAUCUGGUGUUCGUUCAUACGGGCAAGAUUGCUUGGCGACUCCAAUACGGCGCUCCUUUCGUCCCAGCGGUUCCGCUCCUCCUCGGUAUCUGGUUCUGCCCGGAAUCUCCUCGCUGGCUUCUGAAGAAAGGAAAGGUGGCCAAGGCAUACAGAUCACUUCUCCGACUUCGAAAUACUCCACUCCAGGCUGCUCGAGACUUGUACUUCAUCCACGCUCAACUUGUCUAUGAGGAUCUCCUCUUGGAACAGAGCGGGCUCGCGAAGACGGGUAAUUUCUUCACUCGGUUCAUCGAGUUGUUCUCGAUUCCUCGCCUUCGUCGUGCUACUCAAGCAUCUGGUGUAGUCAUGAUUGCCCAGCAGAUGUGCGGAAUCAACAUCAUCGCCUUCUAUUCCUCCACGAUCUUCGUCCAGUCUGGAGCAGACAAUGUCGUUGCUCUUCUAGCUUCCUUCGGCUUUGGACUCGUCAACUUUGUCUUCGCUUUCCCUGCCCUCUGGACCAUCGAUACGUUCGGACGUCGAGCCCUACUGUUGUUCACGUUCCCAAACAUGUGCUGGAGCCUUCUCCUCGCCGGCAUGUGCUACUGGAUCCCACAAAGCAGCCGUGCACAUCUCGGCCUCGUGACCUUCUUCAUCUACAUCUACGACGCCUUCUACUCUCCCGGCGAAGGACCGGUGCCGUUCACCUACUCCGCAGAAGUCUUUCCGCUCUCCCAUCGUGAGGUCGGCAUGUCUUGGGCCGUAGCAACCAACAACUUCUGGGCAACAGUCGUCUCUAUCACCUUCCCACGACAACUCAAAGCCUUUGGCGUCCAAGGCGCCUUCGGCUUCUAUGCAGCAAUGAACUUCAUCGCCUUCUGGAUGAUCUUCCUCUUCUUGUACGAGACUAAGCAACGCACUCUUGAGGAGUUGGAUUACGUCUUUGGUGUCCCGACGCGUACGCAUGCGAAAUAUCAGCUGACGCAGGUGCUGCCGUGGUGGUUCAAGCGCUGGGUGCUCUUCCGUAAGGAUGCAGUCUGCCCCGAGCUGUAUAAGUUUGAGGAUGAGGCCUGGACUGAGAGUGAUGGGGAGCAUGAUAAGGGCAUUAGCUCUGGGGUUGAUUUGAAGAAUGGUCAGCAUCAGGAGGUCGUCUGA